AGCUGUAGAUCGAGUAUACACAAACUAACAAUAACAACAUUUUCCACCGAUGCUCGACCAUGAAUCACCAUGGAGUUGAUGCCGCAGAGGGCCACGUCCACCAUCACGGUUCCCAUGGAUCCCCGGAGCCUGCUCCGCCGACUUCCGUCCACGAAGGACACCAUUCACAUGACAUGAGUCAUCCCGGAAGCCAUGGCGAGCACACCAAGCACGGCCAUCACGAAGGUGAGGGCCACGACAUGUCCAUGGCGAUGUUCUUUCACACUGGCGAUGCGGAGACCAUUCUCUUCAAGUUCUGGCGCACCGAGUCCGCCAUGGCACUGACCCUGUCCUGCCUGCUGAUUUUCGUGUUCGCGGUGCUCUACGAGGCCCUCAAAUUCUUCCGGGAGUGGCUGUUCGCCUGGGACAGGAAGCGAUUGGCGGGCGGAAGGGAUCAGUAUACUCCGCCGAGAAGAUAUCGGGAGGCCAACUACAACUACAACCAGCCCACGUAUCCCCCGAGGAGCAGCCCACAGUCCGGCACCCAGAUCUACGCCUACCGCCCAAGGGCGCCAUCGAUGCCGCCUCUCCAGCCGCCCCUUCAGCCGCCAGGACCUGGCUCCCCACAGCCGCAAUCCUCGCUGAUCCUGAUCCCGCACACCCACCAUCACGUCCAGGAAAAUACCCCUCCCGCUGGCAGAGCGUCCAAGCGCAAGGUCUAUUGCUCGGGGAUGCACAUCCUGCAGACCUUCCUGCACGUCCUGCAGGUGCUCAUAUCCUUUCUCCUCAUGCUCGUCUUCAUGACCUUCAAUGUGUGGCUCUGCGUGGCCGUUCUGCUGGGCGCCGGUGCAGGGUACUACAUAUUCUGCGCCUUCAGGACCAACGUCCAGGAGCACUGCAACUAGCACGGAAAUGGAUGGAAUAACACGGAAAUGGAUGGCGAAAUGAGACGAGCUGUCUAGGCGGCCUGCUAAUGUGUUUUUCUAAUUAAAGCAAGCAGUAAAAAUCA